GUUGAUAUGAUGGCAGCAAUGCGAUCAUUUCUGUCAAUUCCUUGCGGCCUCGAAAAUUUUAAUUGGUCUACUUCAACCCACUUCUAGUCUAAUAGUCUGUCUCGUAGAAAGGUACUAAAAAGUCUUUAAUCUGUGGUCUGUCUGUUCUUAAUUGAUAUGUGUAAAUCGGGUUUAAUGGAGACGUAACACAGCGGUUAUUUAAUAACAAUCCAAAUAACAAGCCAAAAUCCAGUUCUAGUUCUUUUAUGGUGGUGAUUGUGGGAGCGGGUGUAGCGGCGGUAUGCGCGUGGUGUUGGUGGCACUGACGGCGCUCACAGCGCGUGCGCUGGCCAGCCCGCACGAGCAUAGAGCGAGGCACCAUGCCCCAGAACACCCCCUUCAUUUUCCCGCGCCUGCCCCGCCCCAGCCUUACCGAGGACAUGGCGAGGCCGUCCGCUAUAAUCCCGAUUUAGACACUAUUCUUCCACGUAUAGAUGAGCACGAGACCUCAUCAAAACGCGCUAAAUUUGAAGACGCUGAAACCUCUUCCAAAAGAGCGAAGUAUGACGAGAGGUUUUACUCUAAUCACGAACGGGCCGAAGAUGAAGAAUUUAUGGCAGAUGAACCCCAGUUUGGACCAGACGACGAUGAUCCAUUGGUGGUCCGAACGAGGAAAGGGAGGGUCCGAGGUAUGACGCUUACAGCGGCCACGGGUAAGAAGGUAGACGCCUGGUUUGGCAUCCCUUAUGCUCAGAAACCAAUCGGUGAUUUAAGAUUCAGACAUCCGAGACCCGUAGAAAGUUGGGGGGAUGAAAUUUUGAAUACUACGACUCAACCACAUUCUUGCGUCCAAAUUGUAGAUACAGUAUUUGGAGAUUUCCCCGGGGCGAUGAUGUGGAACCCCAAUACGGAUAUGCAAGAAGACUGUCUCUAUAUAAAUAUCGUAACACCAAAACCACGCCCUAAAAAUGCAGCUGUCAUGCUUUGGAUCUUUGGUGGUGGAUUUUAUUCAGGAACAGUUACUUUAGAUGUCUAUGAUCCUAAAAUUUUGGUUUCUGAAGAGAAGAUUAUUUAUGUAUCAAUGCAAUAUAGGGUUGCGUCACUUGGAUUCUUAUUUUUUGAUACUCCAGAUGUACCGGGAAAUGCUGGGAUAUUUGACCAACUUAUGGCCUUGCAAUGGGUCAAAGACAACAUAGCGUAUUUUGGUGGUAAUCCUCAUAAUAUUACAUUAUUUGGUGAAUCUGCUGGUGCCGUUUCAGUGUCUUUACAUUUACUAUCCCCUCUUUCUAGAAAUUUAUUUUCUCAAGCGAUUAUGCAGUCGGGGGCUGCUUUGGUACCAUGGGCUAUAAUAUCAAGAGAAGAGAGUAUUAUACGUGGUAUUCGAUUAGCUGAAGCUGUUCAUUGUCCGCAUUCUAGAUCUGAUUUAGGUCCGAUGAUUGAUUGUUUACGAAGGAAAAGUGCUGACGAAUUAGUUAAUAAUGAAUGGGGGACUUUAGGUAUUAGUGACUUUCCAUUUGUUCCUGUGAUCGACGGGUCUUUCUUAGAUGAGAUGCCUAAACGUUCACUUGCUCAGAAAAAUUUCAAAAAGACGAACAUUCUUAUGGGUUCAAAUACUGAGGAAGGAUAUUAUUUUAUACUGUAUUAUCUCACAGAACUAUUUCCUAAAGAGGAAAAUGUAGGAAUAACUAGAGAACAGUAUAUUCAAGCUGUACGAGAAUUAAAUCCUUAUGCAGGUGAUAUUGGAAGGCAGGCUAUAAUAUAUGAAUAUACAGAUUGGUUAAAUCCUGAUGACCCUGUGAAAAAUCGAAAUGCUCUAGACAAAAUGGUGGGAGAUUAUCAUUACACAUGUGGUGUGAAUGAAUUUGCUCAUCGGUAUGCUGAGACCGGUAAUAAUGUUUACACAUAUUACUUCAGACAUCGAAGUAAGAACAAUCCGUGGCCAUCUUGGACAGGUGUGAUGCACGGGGAUGAGAUAAAUUAUGUAUUUGGUGAGCCUUUGAAUCCUGGAAAGAAUUAUUCUCCAGAAGAAGUUGAGUUUAGCAAACGUUUAAUGAGAUAUUGGGCUAAUUUCGCUAGAACUGGAAAUCCAUCUAUGAAUCCUAACGGCGAGAUGACUAAGAUCCACUGGCCUCUCCACACAUCGUUAGGUAGAGAAUACCUGACGCUGGCGGUGAACUCGAGUGAAGUUGGCCAUGGUCUACGAGUGAAGCAGUGUGUUUUCUGGCAAAAGUAUUUGCCUCAACUAAUGUCGGCUAUAAAUAAGCCACAGCCUAAGGAGAACUGCACCAGUAGCGCAACCUCAAACUGGCUUUCAUGUAACCUUCUUGGCAUUUAUUUAGUCACCACGUAUGGUUUUGCGCAAACCACAAUGUUCAAAUACCAUUUUAUAUGAAGAUUGUUUGACGUAGUGACCUAUUCCAACAUGAGCCUUCUCAUCAUCUCAUUGAGUUUCAUUUGCUUUGUCGAAAACUGACUUUAACUCGUCAAAAACAUUUUUGUAUUAUAUAUUAUAAAUAAUGUGUGUAUAUUUUGCCGUCUUAUGAAUCUCUGGGAUAUUUUAUUAAGUAUUAACUUAUUUUUAUAAUAUGUAAAGUUAUAGAAAGUAUAUUUUAAUUAUAAGCCACCUCAAGUGUUACAUUGCGCUACGUGGAUCGAGAUUUCAAUACCGAUUUAUCUUGUAUUAUUACACUAAAGGAGGCCAAUUGAUAAAGAUGGUAAUUAAUAUCUCUUUUCGCAAAGAUAUUAAAAAAAAUGUAUAUUUUUUAUUAACAUUUUAGUAUUAAAAAAUCUAGUUUCGAAUUUGUUAAUUUCCAUUAAUUGUCACCUUUAACAACUAUAAUACAUGUAUAUAUAUUUGAAUUUCAUUUGAUAGUAGAAACAGGAUUUGUUUUUGCUAAUAUCUAAAAUAAUAUACAUGGAUAAAUCUUUAUUGAAAUAGCGAUUCUAAGUCCAUUAAAUAUUCUAGUAAAAUGUCGCUAUUAAGUUCCAUAAAUAAAUAAGUAAUGUAAAGCUAUUGUUUAUGAUUUAAUGUUACAAUCUAUCUUAAAAGGAGUGAUUUCUCCAUCAACAUAUCACUUGUUAAUAACAAAUUAUAGAAUUACGUAGCCGUAAUUUUGUCAUAGAUAAUAAGCCUCUACAUAUCUUUCGAGAUUAGGUUAAGUAUAUGAAAAAAACUUCUGCCAGGAAUGAGUGAUGUUGUGUAAAAAUGUAAACUGUCUUCUAGAACCUAAACUCUUAAAGGGACGAGGUUGCUCUGCGCGUGUUUCGAAAAGUUGAAAAGGCGUAAGGGGGAGAUAAAAUGUUAGCUUUAAUACGCCUCUAUUGCAAUACAUAUCACGCAAGGCAUAGAAUUGUUUAAGUUCAUUCUAGCCUUAGAUUAAGUUAAGUGAAUAAGCUAGAUCAUUUCACAACUCAGUAGCGGACCAAUAUUAGAAAGUUGUACAUGUAAUAAUGGUUCGUGUAUAUUGACAGAUUCGAGGAUAUCGUAGACGAGCAUAGGGGUCGGAACUAAUAAUGGAGUAACUCUAAAUUGUAUGAAAUAUAAAAUAAAAAUGAUGAAAUGAAUGUGCCUGCACUUGAAGUUUGUCGUAACGAUGAUACAGAACAUGUUAAAUCUGGAAAUGAUAAACAAAACGAUAUGAAUCAACGAGAAUGUAAGGGCAUUGAUUGUGGCGUGAUUUGUACAGUUGUUAGUAUACUGAAUGUGUUAGAACUUACAAAAUUAGUACCUUAACGUUUAGGGUUGAUACAUCUAGAUUAGAGUUCGUAGUGCCCAGCGGUUCAGCUUUCAAAUAUUGGUAUAAACAAUUUAAUAGAUGAAUCUUUACAAUUCGAGAUUUAAGAUAAUAAAUUACUAGUACAAUACUAUAAGUUUAAUGAAUAAACUCUUGCAACUGCUGCAUUAUAGAUAAUGAAUAUUAUUUCGUUGUUGUAAAUAAUGUAUGAAUGUUAGUGAUCGUAGAAACUUGUAUGGCCCAAAGUAUUUUGUUGGAUUUAUUUUUUAAUCUUUAAGGGCAGGUCGAACGGGUGCCUAUAUGGUAAUAUGUAUCGAUUAUAAUCUGUUGUGAAAGACGAUACCUUAUGAGAUAGUAAGUGCUAAUCGUAAAGUUACUAGAUCUUUUGGGCUUACGUUAAUUUUGUUUUAUAAUUAGGCGAAGUGUAUACAAAUUCGAAAUGUGUAUUUGUAUGGGCUGUGUAUUCUUAAUUCGCUGAUGUUAGUACCUAAUUGUAUAAUAUCUAGUGUCAGUAAUCAUGUUCUAGUUCACGUUUGAUGUUUCACGGACUACGCUUAUUUAAAACCUGCGUAUGUAAACCUAUAGAGUGCCUCUUGUUCACUUUUAUAUAUAUUGAUAUGAUAUUACACUGUAACAUAGGAGAUAUUAGUAGUUGUAGUGAUGCGUUCCUUCUCGACAUAUCUGCACUAUUUCUUUUAUUAUUAUUAUGUGAUAAAUGAUGGCCAACGAAAUUGCGUAGUGCCAAAGUAAGAUGUUGAGAUAAUACAAUUUUUAACACCGGCUGAUAUGGCGUAAUUUUGACGAUGUUAGAUAAUGGAAAAUUAAAUGUGUUGAUUGUCCUCUAGAAAAAUCUGAAAAUGUUUUAGACUGGACGAGCAAAUGUGCUUUUUGCAUCUGUGAUACAAAAAGUGUGUUCUGCGACAGAAAGAAUAACUUUAUCCAUACUCAACGAUUCAAGUUUUGGAUAAUUAAUUGUUUUUAAUAACAUUAUUAGGGUUUGUAUUGCUAGUUGCCUUAUAUAUAUGGUAUGUUUGUUUUUGCAUAUUUUCAUUUGCAUAUUAAUAAAACAUAUGACAGUCAAAGAACUAGUUAUUUUAGUUUAAAAGAAUUAUUUUGAUACAAUUUAUUAUAUGAUUACAAUAAUUUGAAUUAAUAGUAUUAAUGAAUAAUAUUACUUUUGAUUUUCGAAAAAUAUCGUCGAAAUUAUCUAUUGGCAUUACCAUCGCUAAUAAUAACUUCCGAAAUUUAUAAUAAUCUUCCUAUAAUAAUUUUAAUAUUAAAUCUACUUAUGAACAAAAUAUUGAAAUACCAAACUUUAUUGUAAUGAUAUUAAAGUUAUUCUUACAUGAACUGUCAAUAAUUUAGGUUUAGGAUAUUGUAAAGUAAAUCGGCACCUAAGAUGAAGUACUAUGACUAAUGUUGCAUGUCAAGCCAUAAACAUGUCGAAAAAGACAAGUAUAGAAUAAAACACUUAAUAAACCAUGAUUCACGAGAGUAUAACUACAUAUUAUUAAUAUUUACGUACUUGACACAGUUAAUGAAGGCUUUACGAUUUCUUCCAAUAUUGAUAAUUAAUUUAAAACAGCACUAAUGUCCUUUCUUUUCCUGAUAUAAUAACAUUUAAUUAAUUUAAAGAAGACUUUUUCAUAAGUUAUUCAAAAUUAAAUUAUCAUAGAAGCUAUUCAAUUGCAAGCAGAAUUUUGGAAAGAUUUUGAAAAAGUUACGUGAACGAUUUAUGUGUUGGUUGUAAAUUUGAAAAUAUCGUCAUAGUCGUAGAAUACUGAUGGAUCUUUAUAUGUAUUAUUCGUCAGAUCCGUCAGUAUUCUACGACUAUGACGAUAUAUUUAUAUUCUUACUUGGUAAAUGUUUAAAAUUUGUGUAUUAUAGUAUAAUGUGAACCAAUAUGUUUGACUUAAGUAAUCUAAUUUUAUUAGAUACCUUAUAUUUAACAUAUUGGAUCAACAGCCCAUCUUAUAGUUUCUAUCAAUUUUUUGAUGCUUUUAAACUAUAGAUAUCUUUAACAUGGGCUUUUCUUAUUAAGUUUGUCUAUACAUAUUUUCAAUCGAUUUCAAAAAGAAGGAAAUUACUAAUAACUUCAUCAGUUUUAAACCGAUUUGGAAAAUUCUUUUUUUAUCUGAAGGGACUUACACUAAGCCCUUAAACUUACAGAUUAGUCCCAUAAAAAUUUUAACAAAAUCAAUUCUGUAGUUUAGUUUUUAUAUCAAAAUAACUGAUUUUAUCACAAUUAAAGUCGGUUUUUUUAUGUAGGACAUAAUGUUUAAUUAUAGAUGAAUCCAUAGUUAUAAUUAUUAUUCGUAUUGAACAAUAUUAUUGGUAUAUUAAUAAUCGCUCACAGAACUUUUUCAUAAUCCGUCCCAUAUUUUUUUUUAUCAAAUUAAAUAAAUCAAAUUGGACACAGUGAAGAUUACGGUUUUGUUUCGUAACAUUUAUUUUGCAUAGAUGCCAAAUUAUAAUUAUGUAGAAAGUGUUAAAAAUACGAAACAGAAGAACGGUACAUGUGGUGCAACUGAAAGGUAUCAGUUUUAGAACGGAAAAGAGUAUAUGUUAAAUAAAUAAGUUAUUCACAGCAAAAGCGACGCCAGGACAAUAAAAAUGUUUCCAAAUAUUUGCACAACAGAUUCGGAUCCGCUUUCACGUCAGCUAUCGUAGUUAUAAUUAAAUGUUGUAAAUCUCACAAAAUGUUAUAUUAAAACAUUGGUUAAUUCUUUAACUCGUAAGAGUCGAGUGUAAGUUCUCAAUGAUGUUCUUGGACGAUGGGGUUUGUGUAUUCUCUUUAAUUUCCAAAAUUUUUAAUACAACACCAUCUACGAGUAUAUCUGUUAAAAGGAUAUAGCCGUAGUAGCCAGGUUUUGGCAAAGUUGGUAAUCUAGUUCUCUGAGGUAAUGUACUAUUUAACUUUUUCUUUCUUUUUGUUUUUUUUUUUUUCAUUCUUUAUGGUGCAUUAAUACAAUCAUGGACGCUGUUAAUGGACUUAUAACUUUCUUGUGCGUAAUUUAGAGUACUAAUUAGGAAUGAAAAUAUGGAUACUGAUCCGAUAUCUAUAUAUUGGGUUUCUCUGGAAAUUGAUAAUGGAAAAAAGGUCAUCACCUAUAUUGAUAUCGCCCAUAUCGGUCGGAUAUCUAUUUUCGAAUAUGUUAAAAGUUUCUUAUCCAAUAUAAUUUUUUGGAUAACAGACUUUUAAUAUGUUAACAUGUAAUAAUAAAUUAUUGGACCAGUAUAUGGAUAUUGCAAUUAAAAUAUUGUUUUAUAUUACCCACUCCUAAUACUAAUUGCAUAUUGCUUUUAAAGUUUUGAAUUAUGAAUUAGAUUUUUUAGAAUCAGGAGGAAGUUAAGUGAGAACUUUAUUCUGCUAUUAUGAUUGAAUGGAAGAAUACUAAUUCAGAUGGAAGUUACGAAUGUAUGAUAUUAUUUACAAAAUUUUAUUAUUCAUUAUUAAUUAUUACAAUGGUACGAAUGUAGAUAAUUUAUAAUAUUUUAGUAUUUAAUUUAUAUAUUUCUUUGUAUUUGAUAUUUUUUUUUAUACAAAAGAUAAGAUUAUUUUCCAAGAAUCACUAGUCCAGUUACCUAAUGCUGCAGGAAACGUAGGCACAAUAGAUAAAAAAUAUGUUAAUGAUUAAAACAAUAUGAAAUACUUACCUACAAUUAUAAAACAAUAAAA